AUUUCAGACCUUUUCAAACCGCACCAAUGCCAUUCGUUGUAUGUAUCCUUGUCGUUGCUCUGGGUUGUUUAAUCUCAGGACGGUGUGAUGACAUGUCGUAGCUUUUUGAAGCGAAGGGAAGCGAAACAAAAGGGUUCAUGCGCUCAGGACUGAAAUACUUACUGGGGAGGAAAAACAGAGCUGCUGUGCUGAUCGCGGUCACACUGUUAGCGUUAUUAGCUUCCGACCCCACGAAAGGAGCCAGGGAUAAUCUAGGCGAGGAUAUACUUGUUGUCAAUCAUCUGGUCCGAGAAGAUAAAUUGGCUCGGAAGGGAAAGCAAAACCGGAGGGGUCCAUGUAGACGCGCGGUCUCCUUUAUUAUAGGACGCACCAGGUAACGUGGAUGCAAUGGAUGCAUCGUUCCUCUUCUAAUUGAUUCCGUCGACCAAAAGCGAAGCAGAAAUAGCUCCCAGUAUGAACAACCUAUCGCUGAGCGAACUCUGCUGCCUGUUCUGCUGUCCGCCGUGCCCCAGCAAGAUCGCCUCCAAGCUGGCCUUCCUGCCCCCGGAGCCCACCUACAGCCUGUUGUGUGACGAGAGCGGCAGCCGCUGGAGCCUGCAGCUGUCGGAGCGCGCCGACUGGCAGUACUCGUCGCGCGAGAAGGACGCCAUCGAGUGCUUCAUGACGCGCACCUCCCGCGGCAACCGCAUCGCCUGCAUGUUUGUGCGCUGCUCGCCCAACGCGCGCUACACGCUGCUCUUCUCCCACGGCAACGCGGUGGACCUGGGCCAGAUGAGCAGCUUCUACAUCGGCCUGGGCUCGCGGAUCAACUGCAACGUCUUCUCCUACGACUAUUCGGGCUACGGCGCCAGCUCGGGGAAGCCCUCGGAGAAGAACCUGUACGCCGACGUGGACGCCGCGUGGCACGCCCUCAGGACGCGGUACGGGAUCCGGCCGGAGAGCGUGAUCGUGUACGGCCAGAGCAUCGGCACGGUGCCGUCCGUGGACCUCGCCGCGCGCUACGAGAGCGCCGCCGUGGUGCUCCACUCGCCCCUGACCUCCGGCAUGAGGGUGGCCUUCCCCGACACCAAGAAGACCUACUGCUUCGACGCCUUCCCCAACAUCGACAAGAUCUCCAAGGUGACGUCGCCGGUGCUGGUGAUCCACGGCACGGAGGACGAGGUCAUUGACUUCUCCCAUGGCCUUGCGCUGUACGAGCGCUGCCAGCGGCCCGUGGAACCGCUGUGGGUGGAGGGGGCGGGCCACAACGACGUGGAGCUCUACGGCCAGUACCUGGAGCGCCUCAAACAGUUUGUGGCCCAUGAGCUGGUCAACCUCUAGCUCCUCCCCCCCGGAGCUGGUCAACCUCUGGCUCCUCCCCCUGGAGCUGGUUAACCUAUAGCUCCUCCCCCCGGAGCUGGUUAGCCUCUAGCUCCUCCCCCCGGAGCUGGACAACCUCUGGCUCCUCCCACUGGAGUUGGUCAACCUCUGGCUCCUCUCCCCGGAGCUGGACAACCUCUGGCUCCUCCCACUGGAGUUGGUCAACCUCUGGCUCCUCCCCCCGGAGCUGGACAACCUCUGGCUCCUCCCACUGGAGUUGGUCAACCUCUGGCUCCUCUCCCCGGAGCUGGACAACCUCUGGCUCCUCCCCCUGGAGCUGGUCAGCCUCUAGCUCCUCCCCCCGGACCUGGUCAACCUCUGGCUCCUCCCCCCGGAGCUGGUUAACCUCUAGCUCCUCCCCCCGGAGCUGGUUAACCUCUAGCUCCUCCCCUCGGAGCUGGUCAACCUCUGGCUCCUCCCCCUUGGAGGUCCGUCCGAGGGGAGGGGGGAGAGGGGUCGUCAAUGGGUGUAGGAGGAGGAGGAGGAGGAGGAGGAGUUGGAAAAGGAGGAGGAGGAGGAGAGCGGAGGAGAUGUGUUUGGAGAUGAUGUUUAUGUCUAGAGAGAGAAGAAGCUUUUGUCCGUGUUGUUUUUGCGGUGAGAAGACCGUGGAAGGUGGGGGCUACGUCGCCAUGUUCCUGCCGAUGUGCUUCUCCUCAUCAGACCUCCACCUCCACCCCCACCCUCACCCCCAGCCCCCUCUAGGUCCCACUAGAGGCCCCCGCAAACGCUGUGCUCUCCACCUGCUGCAACUGUGAAACUUUACAAAACCACCAACUGAGUAACUUAGUGGUUUAAAUCAAGUUCCUUUUUUUAUUUUAUUUUAUUCCGUGACUGCACUCAAAAGUAAUGACACAAAGGUUCAGAACAUUACGAGAACCUCGCUGGUUUAUACGCCUGAGUGUGGAGGAGUCAUACUGCAGUCCCAUUUGUUUUUGUUUUUUUGCUGCCUUCAAGAACGGACCCCCCCUCUCUCUCCCAUAGGUUGGGCCUCAGCCAAGUCGCUGUCGAUCCUGGCGUUUUCCAAGGCGGUUUAGUCUGUCUUGUCGGACUAGAUCACCAUAGAACCUCAACAACCUCCAACUGCUUUUCUAGUUCGCCCGGAUCCAAUCUGAGGUACUGCAGUCGUAAUGUUUUUUUUUUAUUGUUUAGAAUAAGUAUUUUGAAUAUUUGCACGUUUCAAAUAGGAGUGACAACCAUACAUAAGAGACGUUUUGAAUCUAGUCGCGCCAGUGUUGCCAAAUGUUUAGAAAAUUGCCGAGACUUUUUUGCGCAGAGCCACAGACAUGUAUGGUUGCACGAACUGAGCUGUAGAAAACAUCUUCAGUGGUCCGUUAACUAUGAGAAUUUCUUAUUUUAAUAUUGUUUUUGCUCUUUAUAAAGUACGAGGAUAAACUAGUAGUGUGUGAACGGACGCACUGCUCUCAUAGCAGCUAGCCAAACUCACCGUUGUUUUUAUUGAAGUUUUGUUUGGCUAUCUGAAAGUGGAAGCUAACUAGCCACACUUUAAUUCUUCCACAAGUCAAACAAAGCACUAUGUUUUGAACUGAUUGUUUGGUUAUGUUUUUAUUUAUACGUCAGGUAAAGGCAAGACUUUUUGUUUCAAAUCAAACUAACUGUUUAAACUCUUAUGUGCAAUUUUCAAUCACGUGGUUUGGAAAUAUCAACACACGUUUUUAUAAUUAUGUUACGUAAAUAAAACACACACGACUCAAACUGGAAACCUCGUCAAUCUAGUCUCAAACCACUGAUGCUGUUCAGGUCUGUCCUGGUCGGCAUCAGUGCUCAUCCAUCACGCUGCCAUGACAUCUUCGGUUAGUUUCCUUAUCAAAGACCACUGGCAGAAAUGGCUGUUUUUCAAUCAACACGUCUAUUUUUUACAAUUUUCUUUCUUUGUGUUUUUCACAAAUCCCUAAAACCAUUGGAACGUAUUAGAAAGUUCUGUGUUACAUCACUUCUAGAUUAGGUCCAAUGGGCGCUCAAAUGCAGUCUACGUCGUUAUUGUUUCUUUUGCACAAACAUUCCUGUCUUAAGCGUCUGGUGUCUGCAUGGUAAUUAUGGGAGCCAUCGUCAAAUGCUCUUUUAACGCUGACUCGAAGCCAAGGAUAACUGGAGCCAAGGCCGUUGGUGUUCUGCUCAUCUAACCUGUUGAGGUGCUGUCCCUCGGCCCUGAAUCGCGUAUGAACGGUGUGUCUGCAUGCCACGUAAGAGCCAACGCCGUUCCCCUGUGCUUCACUGGGCCACGACAGAACGCAGACCAACAAACUGUUAUUUUAUUUAUGUUUUAUUUCAGAAGUUUUAGCACCGAAGGGCCAGGUCUGUUGGUGUGUUCACAGGUUGGGGAGCUUCUGUUUAAGUAGUGAAUAGCCAAUAAGUUCAUGGGUGCUAUGAUAAACGUUCAGGUCUUAUAUUAUAGGUUUAGAGGACCGCACAAUGACAUGAAUAGAAUUUCUCGUGCCUACUAGGCUUACAAAACUCUAUUUAGGAUUGGCUAUAGUAUGUGAGGUAAUAACAUGUUAAAAACGAUCUAUAUAGAACUUCUAAUAUAUACCUAUGUAUAACCUUGUAGGGGACGCAAAGUCGCUUUGUUUCAUAGGCUUUUUUCAAUGUUCAAAUUGUAAAUAAUAUUUGUACUGGACAUGUUUAUUUCACAUCUUUUCAAGCCUUUAACCCACUAUAGUUGUUGUUGCUAAUCAAAGACCUAAUCCCUGAUUACGGCUCAUCAGAUAUCUCUGUAAAGAAUUGACUCCCCUAUGUCUUUUGGAUGUUUAUUUUUUAUGAUACCUUUUCAGUUGAAGAAAUUACUUGUAUGUAAUGAGAAAAUUCUUAAUAACAAUUCUAAUAUGACUAUGGAAAUUAAAUAUGGUAUUUGAGAUGUAAA